UGCCCGGUGACGUCACGGCCCAGUCGGGUUUCCAUUGGUGCAGAAGAAGUAGCGGCGCCGGACGCUGCUGUGUGGGCGGGGCCAGCGGAGCAGCGCGAUGGCUCCAGCGCUGGGGCUGGGGGCGCUCCUGGCGCUCCUGGGGGUCUCGGGGGGGCAGCCCGAGGUUCUCCACUCCCUGCGUUUCCUGAGCGUGGCCAUGUCAGAGCCUGGCCUGGGGGUCCCCCAGUAUGUGGCUGUGGGGUACCUGGACAGGACCCCCUUCCAGCGCUACGACAGCGAGCGGGGCCGGGCGGAGCCGCAGACGCCGUGGAUGGCGGCCGGAGCCGAGCCGGGAUAUUGGGAUGGACAGACCCAGAUCCACAGGGGGAACCAGCACGUGGCCAUCACCAACGUGGAGACGCUGCGGGGCCGGUACAACCAGAGUGGGGGUCUCCACACGCUGCAGCGGGUUUGUGGCUGUGACCUCCUGUCCAACGGGAGCAUCCACAGAACCCUUCGGUACGGCUAUGACGGGCGGGAUUUCAUCUCCUUCGACCUGGGAUCCGGGACCUUCGUGGCCGCCGAUGGAGCUGCCCAGAUCACCCAGAGGCACAGGAAAUCCGAAGGGUACGAGGCUCUUCAGCACGAGCUGGCACAGAGCUGUGUGGAAGAGCUCCAGAAAUACAUCAGAUGUGGGCAGGAGGCGCUGGAGCGCAAAGAUCCCCCCGAUGUCCACGUGUCUGGGAAAGAGGAACACGGGAUCCUGACGUUGUCCUGCUGCGCGUACGGAUUCUACCCCGGGAUGAUCGGGAUCAACUGGUUGAAGGGGGAUGAACUGCAGGAUCAGGAGACGGAGUGGGGUGGGAUCGUUCCCAACAGCGAUGGCACCUUCCACAGCUGGGCCAGGAUCGAGGCGCUGCCGGGGGAGCGGGAGCAGUACCGGUGCCGGGUGGAGCACGCUGGAAUGCCGGAGCCCGGGAUCUUCGCCUGGGAACCAGAAUCCGUCUGGAAUUCCACCCCAGUGCUGGUCACUGUGUCUGUCGGCACUGCCAUCAUCAUCAUCAUCAUCGGCCUCAUCAGAUUCAGUGUCUGGAAGCUCCGAUCCGGGAAGAGGGAGGGGAGUGGAUACAACAUGGCCACCAGUGAGUACCAGCAGCGUAUCUGGAUCCUGGUCCAGAUCCUCUCCACAUGGAUCCCAUGACGGAUCCUGGUAUAGAUCCAGCAUUCACCGCCUGAUCGAUCCACGGAUAUGAUUUCAGCGGUGCCAAAAUUCAAAACCAUUCCUGUUGUCACUCUGGUUCUCCAACAACGUUUCUCUUCCAUCCCCUCCAAGGGAUCCCUCAGGAAAAGAACCUGUUGCGGUGCCUCUGGAGCAGGUCGUGACACGGGCUCGGACAGAGUCACGUGCAGGGAGCGCUGGAAGGGGAGAACUGGGGGAACAGUAGGUUGGGUCUGGCAGGAUGCUCUGCCCUCAUAAGGCCUAAAAUGCAGUCAGAGAAUCCAAACAAUCCAACUGUCUGUGCUGAGCUCCCCCUGGUGCCAAGGGGCUGCUUUAGUGUUGGACUGUGCUAAAACCAGCCUGGUUCACAACUGCAAACACCCCCCCUGCUUUUGGAAGCAGGAUUUGACAGAUAAGCUGCUGGCUGACCUGGAGAAAUGGCACUGGCAGUCCAUCACUUUAUAACUUAAAAGCCCAGUCCAACUUUCAUGUGGCAAAUUCUUCCACAGACUUUCUUGGAGUGUGUGGAGCUUCUCCUGUGGAGCAGGGACACCACUUCGUGGUUACUCAGGGGUUAAGUUGUGUGGUGAGUUACAUCAGUCUCUAGGUGAUGAUUGUUUCUUUUUGUCUGCUCUGAUAAAAUUGGAUUUGGAAUUACUUUGAUACAGUGCAUUAUUUUAUGCUGUUUUAUACUCUACUAGUAUAUAUAGUAUAUAUAUUUUAUACUCUACAGCUUUUACACUCUAUAGUAAAUAAUUCUGAUCAAGAUCUUUUGUCUGUUCGCUCAUCUGUUUAUUUGUUCAUUUGUCAUAAUAAAGGAUUCAUUUUAUUUAAA